AUGUUUUCCAGUUUUCAGAGCAGCUGCCUGGGGCAAAAAGAGGCCACCGGGGGGAGCCUUGGAGCCGGGACCCCUGCUCCCACCUGGAGGUCACAAGGUCUGAGGCGGAAGCUGUUGGCUGGGGGUCUGUCUGGGAGGAAGCCCCCCCAACCCUGCAUAAGCACGGGAGUCCCCAGGGUCCAGCUCACACGUCCAGGUUUAGGAGGCUCCAUUGGCUACCGAUCAGGCUACGGCCCCCCCAGUGGUCUAGGAGCAGGCCUUGGAGGGGGUAUGAAGCCCCAGAGGCCAGGGUUUAGGCCUGGCAUUGGGCUGGGAGUCAGGGCCUUUCCAGGAGCUGCAGCCCAGCCAGGAUACGGAAAUGGGUUGGGAGCUGCCACCUUCCCGCAGCUGGGAGCCCAGCCAGCCCCACCUGUGUCCCCAGGGUUUGGGAACAGAAAUGGUUUCGGCGUUGCCUUUCCUGGGGCAGGAGCACUGCCAGGAAUUGCCGAGAGUGUGAAACCUCCAAAGCCCGGAUUCAGCAACGGGAAUGGGAUGGGAGCUGGGGCCCUCCCAGGAGCUGGAGCCCAGCAAGGACCCAGCAUUGGCGACGGCCUGGGGACCCAGCCAGGUGUCACAGCUCAGAACGGCCUUGGACCAGGCUUUGGAGCCGGAGGAAGACUCCAGGCGCCAGGGUUCGGGACGGAGAACAGAGCCCAGCCAGGCCUCGGAGGACCCAAAGCUGGGAAGCCAGGUUCUGCAGCUGAAAAUGGCUACGGACCAGACUUUGAAGCAGAUGUGAAACCCCAGACACCAGGAUUUGGGAAUGGCAACAGGCAGGGAGCCCAGCCAGGCCCCCCAGCUCAGAACAGCUAUGGAGCAGGAUUUGGGAACGGGCCGGGAGCCCAGUCAGGCUCUGCAGCUGAAAAUGGCUACGGACCAGGCUUUGCAGCAGGCCUGAAACCCCAGAAGCCAGGAUUCGGGACCAGCAACGGACUGGGAGCCCAGCCAGGUCUGGGAGGGGGUUUGAAGCUGCAGAAGCCAGGUCCCUGCAGUGGUAGGGUCCCUCCACUGCUUCUUGCCAGGCCUCCCACUCCGGGGGUCCCUUCUGAGAAAGAGGGUGGCUGGGGCCUGAAAUCCCAGCCCCCUCCCCCAGUGCAGAACGGCAAUUUCCCAGUACCUACUCCAGCCAUCCAGUGGGGACGGAAACCUCCGAAAGCAGGGUACCAGCCUGCGCUCGGCUACGGACCAGGAGUGGAACUGGGCUUCAGCGGUGGCUUUAAGCCCCAGAAAGUCGGUGAGCCCCCUGGACCCCCACCUUGGGCACGAGCUGCAGCUCCCUCAGGACGAGCCCUCCGUUUUGGUUACAGGAAUGGUGCUCUGGGAGCUGGGCUCUUCCUGGAGGCCCGCCCACAGCCAGGGUUCCCUGGGGCUGACGGCUUUAGGAAUGGGUUCAGGGGGGAGGAAGCACUGGUGCACCCCGAAGUGGCAGCUCCAGCCCCUGAAGGAAAUGCAGGGGGUUCCCAAGCCAGCUCUGCUCCUUCAGGUCAGGCCAGGGCCCUGAGGGGCUCUCCCUGGCCCUCCCUGCACUCCUGGGGGGCUGCCCUGAAGCCCAGAUAUGGAGCCGGAAGUGCACUUCCAGAGGUCCGGAGCCAGCCAGGACGCUGCCCUCUCGGGAAAUGCUGAGCUCCGCUGAGAUCCACGGCCCGUCCUGAAGGCCUGUCUUGGAGCCCGGUCGGCCAGGCGAGACUGGCCGGAUCCUGGGGCUCAAUCUCCGGCCUGGGGGCUUCCGCGGCUGGAAGUGUCAAUAAAGGCAGUGAGCUUC